UCUCAUUGCGGUGGCUUCUCUUGAUGCAGAGCACGGGCUCUAGGCACGUGGGCUCAGUAGUUGUGGCUCGUGGGCUCUAGAGCACAGGCUCAGUAGUUGUGGCGCAUGGGCUUAGCUGCUCUGCGGCACGUGGGAUCUUCCUGGACCAGAACUCGAACCCAUGUCCCCUACAUUGGCAGGCGGACUCCCAACCACUGCACCACCAGGGAAGCCCUUCUUCUUUUAAAACGUAACCUUCAUGAGAAAUGGGGGCUUGUCUGCCACAUAAUGGGCACUCGGUAAUAAUGGACGGAUUAAUAUCCUCAAAAUGCCGUGUGCAGCAUAGAUGUAGGCUGGGGCUUCAACAUUGCCUAUUGCUGCAAGGUGCUCUGGAAGUCUUAAUUUUUUGUAACGUAAAAAUGUUUUGUCAGAUCUAUGCCCUGAUGAUGUUAUUUAACGGUUGAUUUACAGUGAUUCUUGUUGCCUUUUAAACAUGUGGAAAUGGAUGACAAUGAAAGCUGCUUGGAGUCUGAUCAUCGUGACUGUGGUGGUAUUUAAUGCCCAGCACAAAUAAGAACCUGAAUGGGUAAAAAAGCAGAGAGUAUUUUAAAGGAGUCAGCGUUCCUUUACUUUGGUGAAACGGAGCUGAAGUUAUACACAGUCCUCGUCGACUUUGCAACCUGCCCCUGAUGGUAUGGUUUGGGGAGGACACAUCAUGCCUGAGGUAUUGCAAGAUCCAGAAUUACGGAGAGACAGAAAGACUCAGGAUCAAUGCCAGAUUCUCUUUCGGCAGGCGAGUUUCUCAAGAGAAGUACUGCGCUGCGUGAUACUGUACCAGUGUGGUGUACGUGGUGGCAGAAAUUAUUCUUCAAAAAGCUCUUAUUUUAGACCGAGAGAUUCAAAGCGGAGAGGCUGUCGCCUGGACUGACUCCCGGCGGUUUGGAAACGUCAGUUUCCCACGCCCCUUUGUAUUCUGCCGGAAAAGGCGAAGCCCACCACAGUGGUCUGCCGAGUUCCGGCUUUUGUCCUUUUCGGUUCCCCAUUGGCUGGGGCCGCCGAGGCCCCACCUCCUUCCGAGGCCCUCUGGAGCCUUCAGCGAGAGGGCGGGGCUUUGUGACGCAGGCGUGACGUCCCCCAGAGUUGAGAUUACAGACAUCCCGCCAGAAUGAUUUCUGCAAGGCCCAGACUUGUCGUACCUUAUGGCCUCAAGACUCUGCUUGAGGGAGUUAGCAGAGCCAUACUCAAAACCAAUCCACCAAACAUCACCCAGUUUGCAGCAGUUUAUUUCAAAGAACUUAUUGUGUUUAGAGAAGGAAAUAAUUCUCUGGAUGUAAAAGAUCUUGUUAAACUAUUUCAUCAGAUAAAAGGGGAGAAGUGGUCAGAAGGAAUGGCACAAGAGAAGAAACCAGAAUGUGUGAAAGAGCCAGAAAGAACAUCUACAGUUUCCCAAGAACCUAAACGGAUGGAAAAAUCUACGGACACAGAGGAGGACAACAUAACUGCACCGCAGUUUAGCAACAAAACCACGCAGUUCCCGUCGGUUCAUGCUGAGCUGUUCUCAGAGCCUGAGGGCGCCCCUGAAGCAGCUCGUGCUCCUUCGAAACCGACCGCCCCUGAGAAUGCCACCCCGGCCUCACCGCCGUCGCCAGCAGCUGUCUCACCCGAGCUGGCCUAUGUCCCUGCUGACCCAGCUCAGUUUGCUGUUCAGAUGUUAGGUAAUGUUUCUCCGGUUCAUUCGGAUCACUCUGAAAUUUUAAUGGUGGACGUGGCAACAAGUAUGCCCGUUUUUCCCAAGGAGAUGCUGAGCUCAGAGGCUGCUGAAGAUGAUGUGGUGGCCACUCCUGUGCAUUCUGGAGAGAUGGCAGCAGUGCAGGUUCUGAGCGAGACAUCUGUCCAUGUAGAUUUGGGUCCUAAACCUAAACACCAUAAGGCUGAACCACCAAUGGCUUCCUCAUUCCCCUUGCAGGAUGAACAAGAACCUCCUGCUUACAGUCAAGCUCCUCAGGUCCCUUUGCAGGCUGCUAUUGAGGUGACAUCCACCACGCACAUAGCAUCUAUCGAUAAAGAUGAGCCUGUGAUCGAAGGAGCUACUAAUGUUGAGCAAAUACUGGAACAAACGGUUAUCCCCUUUUCUGAUCAUGUUGCUUGUCUUAAAGGAAAUGAGCAGUCACCACCCCUUAGUCCCAUACUUGUAGUAGGCGAGACAGCCUCACACGGGUCUGAAAAAUCUGUGGGUUCUGCAAACUUUGUGCAGUUGGAGAGUGCAAAAUAUGACUCCUCAGUACAUGUGGAGGCAGACGGCUCUGCCACAACAGUGAGCUCUGAAAUAUCUGUGCACAUUGAAGUGGACAUCUUUGCGCUCGCCCCUGGCAGUGCUGGGCAGGAGGACUCAUGGGAAAACCGUGCGUCCCAGGAGACGGAGGUCAAACCCGCGCUCUCAGGGGAAGCCGCACAAGUAGUGCGCUCAGCAAUAGCAGCAAGCGAAGCAGGACAACCACCACCAUAUUCUAACAUGUGGACCCUUUAUUGUCUAACUGACAUGAGUCAACAAAGUCGCCCGUCACCACCACCUGCACCUGGGCCUUUCCCCCAAGCAACCCUCUAUUUACCUAAUUCUAAGGAGCCACAGUUUCUGCAGCACCCACCAAAAGUUGCUUCUCCAACUUCCGGGAUGAUGGACAGCAAGACGACCAGUGCCCCGCCUUUCAUUUUAGUGGGCUCAAAUGUUCAGGAAGCACAGGACUGGAAGCCUGUUCCCCAGUCAGAUGCCUUGAAGAGAUACACUGCAGUGCAAGUCCCCAUUGCUGUUCCUGCAGAUCAGAAAUUCCAGAAACACACCCCCAAUCCCCAGAAUGCUAAUCCUCCUACAAGUGGACAAGAUGUCCCCAGACCACAAAGUCCAGUUUUUCUUUCUGUUGCUUUCCCGGUAGAAGAUGUAGCCAAAAAACGUUCAGGAUUUGGUGACAAAGGUACUCCCUGUGGAAGUUACGGUAUUGCUGGAGAAAUAACUGUGACAACUGCCAAUGUUCGCAGAGCAGAAACUUGAAACUGGCAGGUAACUUCUCUUCCCAUGAUAUGGGGGCCUUAACACACUUGAGUUUUCAAGCAGGUUGAUCUGUUGACCUAGAGACUGAGGUAUUUUAAGACACUGAAUUGAGACACGCAGUGAGCGGGGGGUGCGCUCGGAUCCGACGUGGUGAUUGCCCCCACCUCCCUACUCAGCGCACGGCAGGCGCACUGCGCCGCAGUGACGCACACCAAGGGUCUGGUGCCUAAAACACAUAACCAAGCAACCAACUCAGCUACCUCUGAACACCUGGCGCUGUGUUUAGCCCUGUAGACGAUGCCAAAGGGAUGGAUUAACAUAAAGACAAAGACAGUCUCAUGUGGGAAUUUUAUAAUCUAGUUGGCAGGUUUAAGGGGCGGGGAGGACAAGGUGAGAGAUUAUAUACGGAGCACCCAGUCAGUGCGGUAAGUCAGUGAAUACUUACAGCAGAAUGGAUAGGUUGGAAACACAUUCAUGAGCUAAAGGGACAAGUGGUGUUAACCACAGAUAAGUUUUUAUCACUCACAAAUCAUUAAAAAAUUUUUAUUCAACCAGUACUUACUACCACACGUCUGACGGACAAAAGCUAGAUUUCAGUUUUAGGUAGGUUCAAGUACCACAGUUAGUUACCAUACUUAAGGAGACUUUUGCAAAUAUCUUAGGACUAUGAGCAUUUACCUACUCCUACCCUUUAGACUUCUAGUGGAACUGUCAAAAUGGCCGUUCUGGGCAUGAGGUGCUAGGAUAUUUUAGUGCACAUGCACAGAUAACAUAAUUAAGAGCUUAGCAGGAGAGCAGGAUAGAACUUGCAUUUCUGAUCAUCCACUCAUUUUACAUGUUCAGUUUUAUGAUUAAACAAGUCACUAUUUACAUUAUUCCUAACAGGUGCCGAAGAUGACACUGUUUGAGCUGACCUUCACGGUGGAGUCUGCCACCAAGCGUAAUAUAUCAAUAAACUUCAUGCAAGCAUAAAACCUCGUCGCCUUGCUUAUUUUAUAAUUUAGGCGGUGUACAAACAUCUAAACACAACAGGUCCUAAAUAUUUUCAGACUUGUGAUAUGACACAAUAGCAUUUUCCAAUGCUCAUAUACAUUGUAAAAAAAAAAAAAACUUUCCCCUCUAGCAAUUUUCUACCAAGGUAUUCCACUUAAUAAUUCUGUAUUUGGCAUUCACACCAAGUGAAGACAGUGGCACCUUGCUCUAAUAAAUACUGUAUUUACCCAGAGAACAGUGAGUGCUAACUGCCUACUUAGCACGUGAGCCCGGGGGUGAGCUCUGGCCCUGGGGACCGUGGCAGCACAAGGACUUACUUUCGUGUAAGGACACCUGACAAUUUGGCAUCCUAUUAAGUGCAGCAUUAGAAUAUUUCAAAGUUUAAAAGAGACCACACUGUUUUGAACAUUCUAAAGCCUUUAUUUAGCAUCAGGUAGAUUAUUUCAUUAUAACACUUGUUAACUUCAAGACAGCCAUUAAAAUAACUUACUGGCAGCUACCUAAAGCCCCCUGGAGCAAUAUCUCAGUCUGGGGUUGGGUAGAUAAAUAACGUAAGAUUAAUGUACCCCAAUUAAAGGGGCAAAGCUACUGUACAAGUAGGUCUCCAUACGUAUCUUAAGUACACAGGUGCCUUGCAAACUUGAAAUGCACAAGACCUCCUUUUAUAUAGUCUGAUACUUAUAAUACAUGAGUACAACUGAAUUUCUCUGGUGGCAUUUGCCACUGGGAGUUGAAGCAUUUAAAAAGGUUUCUCAUUAUGUAAUGAUGGUGACUAAAAUCUAUAUUUCUGGGGUAUUUUUGUGAAUUGCUAGGUUUUAUACCUAUUUUCAAUUCAAACAUGUACAACUCAAACAUUUUAAUUCUAACGACAUUAGAACAUUGUAAAAGUAAAAUCAGAGCACUAAAAUAAGCAAACGAAAUACCUUUUCCAGUUUAGAAUUUUCAAAUCAGAAAUCUCUCUUCUGAACACUCAGGCAUUGUUUUUCUUUUGAGAGGCGGGAAGGGGUAAAAUUGAGAGGAUUAGUAAGAAGAAAAGCCGUCUUCUCAACGCAGUCUCUACAAGGUGGCGUAACCUCUAUAUCUGAGCAUAUAAACAUCAUAUAGGAGAAUUCUACACAUUUCGAAGUUAAAUCUAAAACAUUCAAGCAUGACAGCCUAAAAAUAUUCAAAAUAACUUGAUUUGGG